AGUAUACAGGUAAGGACAGGCCACUCUCUAGCACUUAUUGAUCUUCAGCUACUUAUAUUGUUGUUUGGUCUAUUUAGUCUGAAGAUUCCUGUGAAAAAUCAAAAAAUUAAUUUUCCCAUUUUUCUUCAGUGAAAAAAACCAUGCAUCUCAAAGUAGUGAUCUUCGCCUUGUCAUUUUUGACAACCACAGCAUACCCACUCCACCGUACCAGCAGAGAAACAUCCCAGGCACUACGGGACAUGAUGACAAAUCAGGCUCAUGAGAAGACAGACCUCAACAAGGAUGUCAACGGGCUGUGGAAGAGCCAUGUGGAGAACAGCAACCUGUACACCCAGGACAGCGCCAACCCCAUGGUGAGCGAGAUCCGGCACAAGCUUACCCUGGAGUCCGAGAGGCUGCGCGCCCGCCUUCGCCAGGAGCUCACUAAGCUGAGGGAGAUGCUUGCCCCGUACCCUGCCCACCCCCAGUCCAGCGAGUCCACCCUGGCCAGCAUGAGAGAUCGCCUAGGCCCCCUGAUCAAGCAGCUCCAGAGUUCCUUGGACGGCAACAGCCAGGAGCUGUGUAGCCACCUCAGGCUCUACUUUCAGGGAUUGGAGGCAGCGGAACGCCAUGCGGUGGCCGGACCCAUCCUAUACCUGGAGGCUGUGCAGUGGAUCAGCCAGACCUUGGACGACAGCAGUGCCGAAAUGACCUUCCUCAUCCAGGACUUCAAAACCAAGACGUCCAGCAUGAUCAGGGAGCUCAAUGGUACCAUUCAGGGGGACUUCUGCCAGGAGGUGAAUGUCCGGCUGGGACAGGAGGUGCAGGCGUUGAGUCUGGAGGUCCAGGGCAGGGUGGGGGUGCUGAAAGCAAAGCUGGCCCAUCUCCUGCUGGCUCCACAGCCCCUCAAGGCAGUGGUGUCCACCAGUAUGGAGCAGUUCUGCCAGAGUGUCGCCUUACAGGACCAGUUGUUCCAUGCCCGAAUUGAGAAGCACCUUCUGGGGCAGGAGUCACAGGCUCAGAGCCCCAGCGAGCCGCUCUCUCUACAACCUCUGGGCUUAUUGGAGGAGGACUUCUCUGCAAAACUAAGUGCUCUCCUCCAGGAUAUUCUUCACAAUGUCCAGUAAAAGCAGAACAGAACUUUCCACAUAGCAGAAUGAGAGAGAGAGAGAGAGAGAGAGAGAGAGAGAGAGAGAGAGAGAGAGAGAGAGAGAGAGAGAGAGAGAGAGAGAGAGAGAGAGAACAUUGUGUCCCAUUAUAGGGAACAUUUAAACUAUAUAAUUGUUUCUGCUCCUCGUACUUAUAUAAUAUAUAUAUCAACUCCUCUACCAUUGUAUAUAGAGUACAGUAAGUAAUCCAUGUAUAUUUAUGAUUUCAUUGUUGUGUUUAUUUCAUGUGGAUGAUUGUUGUAAAGACAUUUUAUGUCAACUGUAAAUAAAGCUUGUGUGAAGUUUA